AAUGUUUACAAAUCUGCCUUUUCUUCCAUGAUCCCCAACAAAGAAUAUCGUCCUUCGGCUAGUUUAAUUUUAGCUGCUAAACAUGCACAUAACCCUGCAGUUGAAUACGAUUAUAAAUUGCUGCUGGUUAAGCGCACGGAGCACACUUCCUAUGCUCUGAACCAUUGUGUGUUCCCUGGAGGCGCUUUCGACGAGAAUGCGGAUGAAGCUCUAGAGUGGCUUACGUACUUGCACGAGUGUGGUGUUACAAAUGAACAACUGCAGCUAUUAAAUAGCAGACAAACCAAAGACAGGCCCUACUUAUUGACUGCUGGCCAGAAUUUCUCACGCGAUAUCUCGUUACGUCUAACCGCACUGCGUGAAGCUUUCGAAGAAGUGGGUCUGCUGUUCUGCCGAUCCCCGGACAGUCUCCAGGGUUUGUCCAUUAAUCAAUCUGUGCAUGUUGUAGAGCAAACUUUUAAGCGGGAAUACUGGCAGCACCGCGUUCACGAUGAUGCACAGCAGUUUUUGCAGUUGUGUCGUCACUUAAAUGUAAUUCCCGACCUCUGGUCACUUAGCGAGUGGUCCGUUUGGCGCACAACAGCCACUUCCAGACGCAAAUUCGAUACGGUUUACUAUUUUUCCGCCAUGGAGUCAACAGAUGUGCCUCUACUGCUGGAACCCAAUGAGGUUGCUUCAGCACACUGGCUGCAUCCGAAAGAUUGUUCGCAAAGCUCGAAGCUUGGCAUCAUAUGGCUGCCCUUUAUGCUGCUCUAUGAUAUAGCACGACUUAUGCAUUUCCAUAGCUGGCUAGAGCUACUCAAAUUUUCUCGGGAGCGUGCGCUAAAGGGUACAACGUUGUUGCAGCCGGUUUAUUAUCGAUGCGAUGACUGUAUGAUCGGGGUGCUGCCCGGCGAUGAGCUGUACGUAACAGAACCGGCUAGGUGCAGAGAAACGAUUAUAUUGCCCGGCACAAUCGACAAUGUAAAUGCGCGCGUUAAGCAAUACAAUCGUUAUAUCGUCUACGAUUUUCACAAUGUAGUGUUAGCUUCUAACGUAGAGCCCCUGGAUGGGCAUAUGCCAAUACAGGAAACUGUAAACGCCAAGUUAUCCAAAUUAUAGUCAAUUUGUAUAUGUUG